GCGCGUUUCAACAAUACUCUGCUUCUUUAUUAUUUUCCACCGGUAGCGUGCACCCCGCCCCGGUCCGCCCCGACUGCAAACGGUCUGCCCCGGAAUUGCCGAACUCUGCCCCGAUUUCUCAAAAGCUGCCCCGAUAUCUGCCCCCGCCCCACUGUGUCUGCCCCGACGAGAUCUCGUCGAACCCUGCCACGUUUUGCAGACUGGUGUGUGGGUUAUGUUAUCUUCAAUAGACUGACUACUCUGUUCAUGCAUCAGCUAUGUUUUGGGAAAUGGAUCGCUCAACAGAGACCCGAACCCAUAGUGAACCUAUAGUGAGGGGCCAAGCCUUGUUUGUUUCAUAUGAUGGUCAAUACUGAAGACUAUGUAUGACAUGCUUGAUUCAAGGCAUUCAAAUUGAAAAAAGAACAAAUUUACUGGGUCCAUUCUUUAGAAUGUUUGUGCCAACAUUUUAGCACCUUUAAGUGAUAACAGGCAAAGUUUCUGUCCUUGUCUUGAGCUAAGAUCUUAACUUCACAUCUAUCAGGCAGUUACUUGUCUGACCUGCACCUGAUGGCACCCAAAGAAGCAACUGAUCAAAAUGUUGUGAAGGUGCUGGUUCACGGCCUGACGGAGCGCUGCUGGGACUCGUGCAUGGUGGACCGGCCGAGCACGCGCCUCGACUACCGCACUCAGUCGUGCCUCACCAACUGCGUCGAGCGCUUCCUGGACACCUCCAACUUUAUCAUUAAUCGGAUGGAGAAGUCCGCCGGUCUGAGUUCGGCCUCGCUCCCGGCGCCCCCCUCCGACCUCAUCAUCUAAAGGGCCGGUCAGCUCCGUAGUAGGUAGUCCCUCCCCGUAGGCUGCUCUCGUUGGUCGCCAUGCUGUCCCGUCUGCGCGGAUUUGCGCGCCGUCACCGGUACAAGCUGCUGGCGGUGGGCGCGCUGGGCGGCGCCGCCUACUUGCUCCAGUGGUACGCCACGCGCCGGCUCCGCGACUGGGGCGAACGGGAGACGCACCGCAUGCUGGAGAAGGUGAAAAAGCAGGCUCACUUUGAGAGCACGCGCGCCACGUGUACGAGCAGCCUGGGCCAGCUGGCGCCGCGGCUGCUGAGUCAGUUGACGCGCGUGCUCGACUCGGACAGUCUGCUGGAGGCGCUGCGGGCCGGCGCGCCCGACAAACUGCAGGUGUGGCAGCAGCUGAAGCGGCUGGCGCUGCAGCGCGUGGUGACGGCCGUCUACGGCGCCGCCUACCUGGUCGUGCUGCUCGAGGUUCACGUGCACGCGCUGGGCGGCUGCCUGUACGUGGACAGCGUGCGCCGGCUACUGGCGGAGCCCGGCGCGGACGCCGAGGCGGCGGCGCUCGACGAGUCGGCCCAGGAGCGCUACCUGGCCGGCGUGGAGCACCUGCUGACGGCCGGCCUGGAGCGGCUGUCGGCCGACCUGGCGCCGCUGCUGGCGCCGCUGGCCGACCGGCUGGCGCUCACCGACAAGCUCGGCCUGGACGGCGUGGAGGCGCUGCUCGGCUGGGCCCGCUCGGCCGUCCGGCAGCGUCCGGAGAUCCGGCUGUCGCGGUACGCCUACCCGGAGUCGGGGGCGGCCCACAGCGGCGCCGCGGAGCCGGCCGGCGGCCGGGUCGCCCAGCUGGCGGCCGAGACGCGCGACCUGGUCGAUAACCCGGAGACGGAGGAGCUGGUGGCCGAGUGUGUCCAGGCCGGACUGGCGCACGUGCUCGACCAGAUGGUGGGCGCGUUCUCGGGCCAGGGGGGCGGCAGCGAGGGCUUCGUGCCGCCGAGCGCGGCCACCCUGCCCGUGGCCAAGCUGGUGCCGGCGCUGACCAACCUGCCGCACACGUUGCUGCGCUCCGGGCCCGACUCGCUCGUAUGGAUGCUCUCCAACCACAGCAAAGUGCAGGUGCUGGCGGCCAAUGUGUACGAGAGCUUCAGCGAGGUGACGAGCUAAAUAUCCGGCCGGGUGGCCUCAGCCGCCGGAGACAGCUGCGCGCCGGGAGGGACGGACGGACACGCAAUGUACAAGGACUUAUUGGUGUGGGUGGGGUGGUGCGAAGCUGCAGUGAUCGGCAUUGUCGAAUACUUGGCUUUUUUUAGAUAUGAUGAAUACCAUAAUCUUGGCUAUUUCGGCUUAUAUGCAGAGAUGGUAUUGCUGACGAGAACCGAUUGUUGACAUUGUAAUUUUGUUUUGAGCACUAGAAAGUGCCCAAUUCAAUGGUGAUUAGGAAUCGAGCCCAUGUACCUAUGUGAUACGCACCACACAUGCUAUCAGCCAAUAUAUAUUUUAUUCGUUAUAACCAACGAG